AUGCACUCUCUCAAGAAAAAGAAAACUUUCUAGCAAUGCACACCAAACUGAGCAUGUGCAGCUUGCCCCCGAGCCUCCAUUCUAUUAGGAGAUGUUUAGGAGACACUGGAAGAAGGGGAGGAUCAGGGAAGACAGGAUCAAACACCAUUUUUACACAAUGCAGGAUUAACCCCUUAGGCUCCACAGUGAGUAUAACAAGAAUGCUUUACUGCUAGGGGCGGACUGACAACUCAUGGGGCCCCCGGGCAAUAGGGGAUCAUGGGGCCCCUGUGUCCUUGCCGAAACUCAAAAAAGCCUAU